AUGAAGCAAGUUGCAGUUUUGGGCGGCGGUGCCUGGAGCACAGCUAUUGCUAAGGUUAUCGCCGAUAACGUCUCGUCUUCAAAUGAGUUUUGUAGUAGGAUUGCCAUGUAUGUAUAUGAUGAAACUCAUAAUGACCGAAAUUUAGUUGAUUAUAUCAAUAAAGAUCAUAUAAAUCCAGUAUAUUUGUCAAGCAUUACCAUUCCUAAUAAUGUCAUUGCAAACAGUAAUAUCGCAGAAGUUGUUUCAGAUGCUGAUAUCAUAGUAGUUGCUUAUCCAUCUCGAUAUGUACAGUGGCUAAUAAGACAAAUAAAAGGACAUGUCAAAGAAAAUGCCUACUUCGUCUCGUUCUGUAAAGGUCUUGUUUUGUAUUCAGAAGAAAAUCGAGUCAAACUAGUGAGUGAUAUGAUUCGUGAGCAAACUGGUAAAAGUUGCGUUGUUGUCAGUGGAGCUACAACAGCCAUAGAAAUAGCUGAACAACAAUUCACCGAAGUAACUAUUGGUGCUAAAAAUUACGAUCAUGGAAAUGAAGUAAAACGAUUGCUUCAGACAGAUUACUUAAGAAUGGUGAUUACACAGGAUGAUGUUGGAGUUGAAUUAUGUGGCGGUAUUAAACAUGUUGUUGCAAUCGCUGCAGGUAUCUGUGAUGGUUUAAAGCUAGGAGAUAAUACAAAGUCUGCUGUACUUCGUAUUGGAUUCUGGGAAAUGUCUGAACUUAUGAAAGAGCUAUUCCCCGAUAGAGGUACUGAUUGGUUAACAAUAGAACAAAGUUGUGGAAUGGCUGAAUUAUUUAUAUGUAUGUCUCAUCGAACCGAUGAAGUUCCAGAUAUUGGAUCAGAUUUAGAUUUGAUAAAUAUCACUGUUGGUCAUAAAUUAUCUCGUUCAGGAAGUUCUUUCAGUUUACAACAAUUAACUAAAAACUCAAAGAGGACAUAUACCGAUGGAGUUGAGUAUGCAAAACUGAUAUAUAAAAUAUUGACUACGAGACAUCGUACUGCCCAUUUCCCCCUAUUUACUGGAGUUCAUCGAAUUUGUCAAAAUGAAUUGAAACCACAAGAAUUACUUAGUUGUUUAUCAUCACAUCCGAUUCAUUCAUAA